ACUUUCUCUCUGUUUGAAUGUUGGAACGACAAAGUUGAAAUUUAGUUGGUCCGACUCUGUCUUUGUUACAAAUUUGUAGAUCAGAAACCCAACCAAAGUAAGUUUUUUUAUAAUUUGGUGGGAUAUUUGUUGUUUGUUAGUUCAAAUUUAUAAAGAUGGAAAAUGGAAGUGUGAGAUUUAAAAGAGCAGAGAUUGAUACAAGAAAGCCAUUUCGUUCAGUAAAAGAAGCAGUUACGUUGUUCGGUGACAAAGUUUUGGCUGGAGAACUUUAUAGCAACAGAAUUAAACAGAUGCAAGGGAGAGAUGAGGAGAAUAAAGAGAGGAAUGGGGUAAGGCAAUUGAAGCUAGGAAAUGUUGCAGCUGAGUUAGAAGAAACAAAGCAAAGCCUUUCAAAAGCCAAAGAAGAAAGCAUGGUAAUGGCUCAUUGUCUUUCAUCUCUUCAAGAAGAGCUUGAGAAAACCAAAAAAGAGCUUCAACUCUUAAAGGAAAGAGAAUUAUCUUCAUUAUUGUUAAACCAUCAAUCCGAGGAUGUUAAACUUCUUGUAGAUCAGUCUGAUUCUAUGGAAUUCCAAAAAAAACGUUAUGUCACUUUUGCAAACCCUCCCGCAGCCGCCGUCACUCACCUCACUGUUCCACCUCCCGCCGCUGUCGAGAAGUUGGACAGGCUAUCCUCUAUUAGGAGGGAGAAAAAUAAGAUCAAGAAGACAUUAAUCCCACUCAUUUCCGGCAUGUUUUCCAAGAAAAAAGGAAAUUAGAGACACACUCACUAGUUCUUUUUCUAAAAAAAAUAAGAGUUCAGACUGUUUGACGACGAAUGAAUUAUGAGAUUGGUCAUGUAAUAAUAAAUUCCAUGCAUAUAUAUAAACUUCUUUUUUUUCAUUUAAAAAAAA